CAUUACCAUAAAAAAUUCACGCCUAACCCUAUUCCUGUUGUAAGAAACAAUAAAACAAAAGAACAAUACAAAAUUAAAGAAGAAAAAAUAAAAAAAAUAUAGGGAUCUCUCUUCUCUGGGAUCGUAAAUGUGGUGGUUGCUGCGUCUUGUCCUCCGCCUUGCAUGAGCUUCCUCAGCCACCGCCAUGCCCGCCAGCCGCCCCUCCGAUCUGAUCCUCCACCGCCUCGCCUCCUCCGAUUGCGAAAUCAAGCUCAAAGCCAUCCGAGAGGUGAAGAACCAGAUCAUCGGCAACCGGACAAAGAAGCUCUCAUACAUCAAGCUCGGCGCAGUGCCCGCCGUUGCCUCUGCUCUCGCCGAAGCUAAAACCGAUUCCAAUUGCGGCUCUAACCUAAUUGUUCAGUCCGCCGCCGCACUCGGCAGCUUUGCCUGCGGCGUCGAUGCCGGCGUCCGUGCCGUCCUCGACGCCGGAGCUUUCCCUCAUUUAAUCAGGCUCCUAUCUGCCGCGGACGAGAAGGUUGUGGAUGCUGCUGCACGCUCUUUAAGAAUGAUUUAUCAAUCAAAACAAGCUCCGCAGUAUGAUUUUUUUAAAGAAGAAAACAUUGAAUUUCUUCUUUCACUAUUGAAAAGUGAGAAUGAAAAUCUUACUGGACUAGGUGCAAGCAUUGUUAUUCAUUCUUGUGAGACAAGUGAUGAACAAAAAAUAUUAUGCUGUGCUGGUGCUUUAGAGAAUCUUAUUAGCCUUCUUGAUGGUUCUAUAAGCCAGCGAGAUGCUAGUUUAGAGUCCCUAGCUGCAAUUCUUAAAAACAAUCCAGAAGCUGUGUCUAAAUUUGUGGACCUUCAAAAUGGAAGAGCUUUGAGUUCCAUUGUUGAAUUAACUAAGGACAGAUAUUCUCGGACAAGGUUACUGGCCUGCUUGUGCCUGAUUUGUGUAAAGAAUUCUUCUUCUUGCUAUCUGCAAGACAUAGGAAUGAAAAACAAAUUGAUAUAUAUUUUGCUCGAGCUCCUUGAUGAUUCUGGUGAAGUUGGAGAUGAAGCUUCUUUUGCUUUUUCGAGUUUAGUUUCAGGAAAGGAAGAUUUGCAGAAGUUGGCAUUUGAGGCAAAUGCUAUCGAUAAGUUCUACAGUCAAUUGCAAAAUUGUGCUUUACAUCCCAAACGUCUUGAAGGGAUAUUUCUAGCCUUGGCUGAUCUUUGCUCAAAAUUGGAGUGCUGCAGGUCUAAGUUUCUUUCAUUACAGGUCUUGAAUCUAUUAAUUGAUGCCUUAACCCAUGAUGAUGCCAACGUACGCACUGCAGCUUGCAUUUGCUUAAAAUGUGUCUCUCGCUCAGUCAAGAGUUUGAGUGCAGGUUGUUUUAUGAAUGAAAGGAUUGUCAUUCCUUUGGUUCGGCUUCUCUCUGAUCUUUCUUCUUCUGUCCAGGUUGCAGCCCUCGGUGCUAUUAGCAACAUAGUGGUUGACUUUACUCCAAAUAAGCCGACAUUUAUACAAUGUGGAGGCAUUAAAGAGCUUGUCCAACUGACAAAGUCUAUGGAUUCGUCUUUAAGGUUAAAUGCUGUAUGGGCCUUGAGGAACAUGGUAUUUCUUGCGGAUAAGAUGUGUAAGGAAGUAAUUUUUAUGGAGUUGACAGUGUCUUCAGUAGCUAGCCUUAUCUGUGAUCCUGAGCCUUCUGUUCAAGAACAAUCUCUGGCCCUUGUUCGCAAUUUCAUUGAUGGAUGUAUGGAUUCUGUUGAAUAUGCUUUUGCUGAAGAUGGUAUCUUACUGCAUGCUGUUGGAAGGCAAUUGCGAAAAUCUUCAAAAGUUGAAAUUGGGAUACAGGGGAUGUACAUACUCAGCAAUAUUGCAAGUGGAAAUGAGUUUCAUAAAGAAGCCAUAAUGCAGCUACUCUUUCCACAAGCAGAAAAUGGGUCUCGCUCUUUCUUCAGCCAGUUUUUGCAGAGUAAUGACAGUCAUUUACGCACAUCUGCUGUUUGGGUCAUCGUAAAUCUCACUUUUCCUGCAAGUCCUGGUGCAUUCAGUCGGAUUGUAAAACUGCGUGAUCUUGGCAUUGUUUCUCUAAUCAAGAGGAUCGUCAAUGAUCCUUGCAUGGAUGUGAAGCUUCGUGCAAGUCUCGCACUCGGGCAGAUCAUUACUUUUGGUGAUAGUUAAAUGUAAUCAGCUCCUCCACUCGAAGCCCCUAGAUUGCAGGCAAAGAAGAGAAAUCUUGAUAGAAUUUACUUUUUCCCGUAUUCACACCUUAUAUAGAAGGGGUAUCAAGCCUUCUGCGUGAGCUUCCAAUGUGGUUCGUUUCAGGUGUAUCAAAUUACUUUAAUUUUUUGAACCAGUCAGAGUAGUGUGAAAGCUUUUCAAUUUUGUGAGCACUCCUGACCAGUUUACCCCCGAUUCCCCGAAGUCUCAUUUUCUUGUUGCCUACAUUGUGUUACUUUUAUUAAGUCGGAAGCUCAGAGUCACAGGCUUUAGUAUUGUACCAUAAGAGUAGUUGAUUUCAGUUUUAGAACACAGUUUCAACUUCAUUCUGGUUCUGGUAUAUUGACAAAUAGUGUAAUUGUGUGUGUAAGCAACAUGUCAUCGGCUAUUGAUUGAGGUUUUCUCUGGUAU